AUGGCUUUUAAUUAUCAAUCAAAAUUCACAAAAAUCAAAAAUUUGGAAAAUGCCAACCUUCAUCAAUUUCCUGCAAAAUCAGGGACUUACACUACCUCGUCUACUUACCAAAGCUCAAAACAGCAGCAAGUUUCUCAAGAUAAUAACGAAAGGUUUAUAAGAAGAUAUAAUAUGCUAAUGAACAGGUUUGCACAAAAAACCAAUGAAAAGAUUAAUGAAAAUCAUCUGGAUCUUCAAAACUGUGACCUUCCUAAUGAAAAAAUUAAAGAUCAAAAUUUUGAAUUUACCAGUGAUACUACACAUGGGCUUGAGAGCACCGUUUUGCCUCAUUUUGGGGAUAUAAGCUCAAUACAGGUUGAAGAAUCUCAGCUGGAGUCUACAAAUCAUGAGCUAUUUUUUAAUGCAGGUGACGCGGAAUCAUACUUGCAGCCUUGGCAUUUAGUUGAGCAGGCAGGAAGUGUUCCACAGAAGCGAGACCUUGAUGAAUUUGUAAAAAACUCAAUGAAAUAUGGAGAAAAAGUUACCAAAAUAUUAGCAGGCUCGGGGGUGGUGUCGCCUGCUAACUCUAUUUACAAUAUGGAAUUUUAAUUUUAUUAAAAUUUAUACAGGGUUGAUAUUUUAAAAAAAAAUUAUAAGAAAAGAGUAAACUGAAAUCUUCCCCUCCAAGUUUUCCAAUUAAAACUGAAAGAACAUCAAAACUUAGACCGAUAUCAGAAGGGCAUAUAGAUUUUAUGAAAUAUAGAUCACAAACUGCGAGAGCAGCAGCCAAACACAAGAGCGAAGUACCAAUGAGUCCAGUAAAGCAUAUAACAGUGCGUCUGUCACCAUCAAUAUCUUCAUUAGAACUGCUGCAGCAAAUUAAAAGCAAAUCAUAUAAAAAUUUGCUUGCGAAUAAAAAGCGAUAG